CGUCUGCAGAUCGGCUUGAAAAGGAAAACACUCUCACUGUGUCCGCCUUUCCGUUUCAUUUGCCUUACAUUUUAGUUUUUUGAGUUUCACAUUCUCCCUCUCUGUAGUGUGCAAUUGCAAAUCAUGUAGGAAGGAACUGACCUUAAAGAUUCCGAGCACACAUUCUCGUAAAUUUCUUCCGAUGUCAUGGCUUUAAUCAACAAACUUAUUCCUAGACAAUUUCGGAAUAGUUCGUCCUUGAACAGUAAAUCCGACACAUGUUUGUUGACUAAGAAACAGGGUGGAAAGCCGCGCGGCGUUCUCUUGGAGGCAGUAAAAAAUCAGAGAAAUUCCGAGAAAAUCUGCACAAAUGGAGACAGUAUUGGCUCUAAUCAACCGCAAACUUCCGCUCGUGUUCGAUUGUUGCUCUUCCGUGAGUGCGAAGUCCGUGGCCGGCGACUGAUCUUUGAUUCAGGGGGCGGAGGUGGACCGUGGCAUCAGUUCAAGGAUGAAUUUCAAGAACUCCAACUAAUGAAAGACAUGGUUUUCGGUUCGGCAACUCUAAAAUACUCAGGGGAUAAUUUUCGUGUCCACGAUUUCACGCCUGUAUCAUGGAAAGGUUAUGAAAUAAUGCUCAGCAAGGUUUUCCUCAUUCCACCGUUAGCCCAGCAACCGUCGAGGAUUGUAAAUAGAAACAAAAUGUCAGCCAACACUGUGAAUGAAGCAGACAAAUUGGCGAAUGCCCCCAAAGAUAGUGGCUACGUCGAGACAUGGGCGGAAGGAGGCGGUAGCAACAACAGCGCGUGUUGGAGCAGUGGGAUCAGCUUGGCAACGAGCGGAGGCUCUUCGCGAACGAGUUUUGCUUCAGGCUCUUUGGUCAUCCCGCGCAUCGCAUCCGGUCGCAAAACAGUAUCCGAUUCGUUGCUAAAUAAUAGCAACCAGGGCUCAUCGCAUGACCACCAACCGCAAAAUCGUAACCACAAAACUCGGCUGGCCAUGGCCCUCCUUUUUCCACCCACCGAAGAGCUUAAAGAAAUUUCGACACGUGAAGUCGUCUUUGGUCCGAAUGCCUCUCUCGUAGAGCAUUUCGUCCAGCGUUUACAGCUGGGCGUUUUAAGAGCUUAUGCUAGUCGCACAAACUUCCACAAUUUUAUUCAAGAGGCCAUCAGUCAAUUCGAGAAAGACAUGGCUCGUUUAGUGAACGCUUGGAAAUGCACAGCAAUUCCUACCUGCUCCAUGGCCCUGGAUGCCGAUUCAUCUGCCAUUUGCAAUCGCCAGCAAAUGGCCCAGCGCUUUAUGACCAACUGGGAAUCGAUCGUCACCGAGACCGACACAAAAUUGACUCGCUUUUUCUGGAGCUCGUUACUCUCGGCUUUGCUCACGUACCACGUCAAUUGGCUGUAUUCCUUUGUCACGGAGCCUGCAGAGUUUUUCGAUUGCGGCACCCGCGUGCUCGUCUUGAGCAAGGACAGCAACCUGGCGCGAAGACUCCUCAACGUUCUGGGCUAUUUUGUCAGAGUGAGCGCUCCGGCAGUCCAUCAGCCGGGGGAGGUGACAUUAGCCGAUCAUUCCCCUAGGCUGAAUGGCAAUAGCCCGAAAUUACCAGCAGAAGAGUGUUCCACCGAAUGUCCGACGCAAAUUUGCCAUUCAAAAAGCAUGUUCCAGCUGGGAUAUGCGGAUGGUGCUUCCAACUCAUCUCCGGACAUGUUACGGAUGAGGAGAAAUGGUUCCAGUUCCCUGGAAAGACGUACAACCCUUGAACAAUUGCCCCACCGCCGAAGUAGCCAGCAGCUGGAAAACACUCGCUAUCUCAGGAAUUACUACGAUGUGCGCUUCCAGCUCUCGCCGGACACUAUCGCCAAGCGUGAUCCCACCAAAGCUUUUGCCAAUCUUAUCUCCUCUAUCGCCAAAAACGGGUUCCACGAGUUUUACACGGAAGAAUUAGCCACAACGCCCGAGAACAACAAGCCUGUCUCGUGCGCUUUCUUUGUUGGCAGUAUUCCGGAUAAAACCAGUUCACAUGAAGAAUCUCCUUCCCUGACGGGCAAUGAGCCAGGAGGAAACUCUACUGCCACCUCAGUGCGACCUGUUCAAGUACAAAUGCCGAGUGUGUCUGCCAAAAUCCCAGUCAACGAACAAACACGUCCGCCAUCGUGGAAUUGGAUGUACGGUACGGAAUUGCAGGACGAGUAUCAAGCUGGAAAAACGCUCCAGUCUUGUGAUCCCAGCCAAAAGGAUUGGCUGAGCAAUUUGCAACUUGAUCUGCGAGCUGCUUCAGCCCGCCGGAAAAGCGUCCACUGCAUCGUGGCCAACACGGACACCUGGGAAGUUCAAGUGUUGACCUGCGUCGAAGAAGAAGUUAUUCCUCCACGUACGAAACAAUAUUGGGUGCCCGUAACCAUGUCUGGACAAGUGGCUGCACUGGUCGAAUCCACCCAACUGCUUUGGUUAAUGAUGCGCGAUGCAGAGCAGUGCCUGGAUCAUAUUGAAAGCCGUUUGCGCUUCCUGUGCCAAAAGAGCGAAGACCUUGGUGCCUUGCUCUCGACGUCAAUCCAAUCGUGGAACAUUGACCGUGUAAGUCGCCUUCUGGAUAUCGAAAAUCAAGAUCUUCCAUUGUUGAUGGCCGCAUGUUCCGUACACAGCCCGGCUGUGAACUCCAUGGGUGGCGUGACGAUAUUGUGAUUGAGGACUGUUGUGUUUGUUGGCUAGUUGGUUUUUUCCCCCUUUUUUUUCAUUUCUUUUUUUUUUUGAUGAGUGUGUUUAAUGUUACCCGCCUCUCAAAAUUUUCCAUUUUUCGUCGAUUUAUCAAUUUGAGCUGAUUUAUUCUAUUCUUUGAGUCGGUAACAUUGAGCUUGUUUCGGUGUUUCAUUUUCAUUCUUGCCUUGGAAUUUAUCUGUGAGAAAGUUACUGAUCAUGAAGUGUGCGCGCGUCCGUGUAGCAACAAAAUAUAAAUCAAAGUUUAUUUUCCCAAA